CCUCUCUCCCCUUUGCACUCACAGCUCGCAAUGCAUCUAACUGUGUUAAUCUGUUUGUUUUUCAAAGCCGUACAGUAAACGCUGAUGCUCGCGCAAGUAAACAUGCGUUUUUAUGUCCUCCUUUAACUAAGCGAUUCUGUCUGCCAUGUGACCGCGUAACCCGCUCACAUGAGCGCCGAGUUGCAUGAUCCGCUUUAAGUUCUUUAAAGUCCGCUGCUCCAGCUCGCAGCUGAGACUGGAGCUGCCAUGGCGAGUGGAGGCGAGCAGAAAGUGGUGCUGAUCACCGGCUGCUCCUCCGGGAUCGGACUGCGGAUCGCCGUGCUGCUGGCCAGUGACGAACAGAAGCGUUACCAUGUUAUUGCCACUAUGAGAGACCUGAGAAAGAAGGACCGGCUGGUGGAAGCGGCGGGUGACACAUACGGAAAGACCUUGACACUGCUGUCUUUGGAUGUGUGCAGUGAUGACUCAGUCUGGCAAUGUAUUGACAGUGUAAAGGACCGCCACAUCGACAUUCUCAUUAAUAAUGCAGGCGUGGGUUUGCUGGGCCCUGUGGAGAGCAUCAGCAUGGAUGAGAUGAAGAGAGUGUUUGAGACCAACUUCUUCGGAACUGUGCGCAUGAUAAAAGAGGUCAUGCCGGACAUGAAGAAGAGGCGAUCUGGCCACAUUAUCGUCAUGAGCAGCGUAAUGGGCCUGCAGGGUGUGAUAUUCAAUGAUGUCUACACGGCCUCUAAGUUCGCCAUAGAGGGCUUCUGUGAGAGUAUGGCUGUGCAGCUGCUGAAGUUUAAUGUGAAACUAUCUCUGAUUGAGCCAGGCCCAGUGCAUACAGAGUUUGAAACAAAGAUGAUGCAAGAGGUGGCCAAGAUGGAUUAUCCUGGAGCAGAUGCAGACACAGUCAGAUACUUCAAGGAUGUGUACAUAAAAUCAUCCAUUGAUAUCUUUGAGGCAUUGGGACAAACCCCUGAGGACAUUGCUAAAUGCACCAAGAAAGUGAUUGAAUCCAGCCAGCCCCGAUUCCGGAAUCUGACCAACAGCCUCUACACACCCAUUGUGGCCAUGAAAUACGCAGACGAGACUGGAGGACUCUCAGUGAACGCUUUCUACAACCUGCUCUUUAACUUUGGCUCGCUUAUGCACAUUACCAUGAGCAUCCUCAAAUGCCUGACAUGCAGCUGCCUGCGCAGACGCACCAUUUCUCCUGACUGAAUAGGGCAGCAGUGAGACGCACACACUCCCAAUCCCCUCAGUUUACAGCAGAACAGGGGCCCGUUCUUCUUACUCACUUAUUAAAUCCAAGGUGAAAUGUAACAUCCAAGAUGGUAUCAUCACGCUAAUCAGGAUCUGGCUAAUUCGGUUCUUCGAACGCAACUGUUGUUGAUGAUUAGUAUAGCGGGAUUGAGUUAUCUGAGAUAAUUGCGCAUUCAUAGGUUGGUUCAAAAGGGGUUAUGUAUCGAUUCUCGAAACCACGAUCAACAAUGCAGGGAUUGGCUGGUGGCAAGACAGCAACGUAAUGACAUCAUAUAAUUAAAAAACACACCUACCUAAAGGAAAACUUUCUGGACAAAUUUCUGGACUUUUAUAAAGAAACAGCCAAGCGAACAAAACUUCAUAUCAUAUUUUUCGUACGAUAAGUCGCACCUAAGUAUAAGUCUUAUCAGUCCAAAAAUACAUCAUGACGAGGAAAAAAACAUAUAUAAGUCGCACCGGACUGUAAGUCACAUUUAUUUAGAACCAAGAACCAAGA